AUGGCUCCAAUGAAUCACCCGGCUCCUGUGGAAGUCGCGUACAGGAACAUGAGAUUUCUCAUUACACACAACCCAACCAGGGCAACCUUAAACGGAUUUAUAGAAGAACUUAAGAAACAUGGCGUCACCACGAUCGUAAGAGUGUGCGAAGCCACCUACGAUCCUGCUCUUGUGGAGAAAGAAGGCAUCCAGUUUCUGGAUUGGCCCUUUGAUGAUGGCUCGUCACCAUCUAACGAGAUUGUUGAUGACUGGCUAAGUCUUGUAAACAUUAAGUUUCGCGAAGAGCCUGGCUGUUGUAUUGCUGUUCACUGUGUUGCAGGUCUGGGGAGAACUCCAGUGCUUGUUGCCCUGGCAUUAAUUGAAAGUGGAAUGAAGAAUGAAGAUGCAGUGCAGUUUAUAAGAGAAAAGCGGCGUGGAGCUUUUAACAGCAAGCAACUUUUGUAUUUGGAGAAAUACCAUUCAAAAAUGCGUCUGUGCUUCCAAGACUGUAGUGGUCACAGAAAUAUCUGUUGCAUUCAAUAA